AUUGUUUGUUGUGCGCAGUUCGUUCCAGUAGGUGGCGGUAAUGCGUCAAGACGUUCAGUGAAGAAUAAAUGUAUUUCCGGUUUCUUGCAUGAACCACAUGGGACUCCGGCGAGAAAACUAACACAACAAGACGUGAAGAUCAGCCGAACCUCGCCGUUUGUCGUCCUGCUCAGCGGUUCCAGUCAGCUCAGAUGGCUGAAGAUGGUCAGGAGAAAAGCCGAGGGUUCAAGUUUGCAGAACAGAUGCUUUUGCGUCACGGCUGGGAACAAGGUAAAGGACUCGGACGAGCUGAAAAUGGCAUAUCAGAGGCCAUCAAGGUCAAAGUGAAAUGUGACAAAGGAGGGAUUGGCCAUAGAGAAGGUGAGCAGUUCAGCUUCCACUGGUGGGAUCAUGUCUUUAAUAAAGCCUCAACCAGUCUGCAGGUGGAGACCGAUCAGAAUGGGAUUAAGUUAAAAAAGACAGCAGAGGAAGAUGAGAAAGAGGAUGGAACAAUCUCAAAUAAAAAGCCACGGAAAUCCCUGAAGGACAAAACCAAGCUGUAUGGGUGCUUUGUGAAGUCGGCCACACUUCUGUCCGGUCAGGAGGAGCCAGAGCCAAAGUCCAUGGUUUCAGAUGACAGCAGCAGUUCCGACGAGGAAGAGGAGCAGAAACUGGAUCUCUCAAGCACCACCAAGCUCUCUGAUGCUGAUCUAAUGAAGGUUUGUGGAGGACGAACAGCUCACAAGGGGGCUCGGCACGGUCUGACCAUGAGCGCCAAGUUAGCCAGACUGGAGCAGCAGGAAGCGGAGUUCCUGGCCAAGUAUGGAAACAAGAACCAAACACGAAAUUCUUUAGCAGUUAGUGUCACAGCGACACAUCCAACGGAGGAGACGACGGAGACGGGUCGCAGAAAGAAGAAGAAGAAGAAAUCCACUGAGAGCUGUGGUGAGCUAAACGGUGAUAAAGUCAGAGGACGUCCUGAAACAGAUUUUCAACAAAAGAAGAAGAAAAGAAAAAGGAAAGAUAAAACUAAGAGAAGAAAUGAAGCAGCAGAUGAAGAUCUUAUCCUUGUUGAAACCAGUGAGGAGCAGAAUGAAGACGGAAGAAAUCUGUCUGCUGCAGAAGAAACUGAAGAGCAUUACUCUGAUCGUAAUAUGAGGAGGAAGAAGAAGAAGAAAUGUGCUCAACAUGAUGCUGAAUCAGCAGAGGAGAGUUAUGAUGCAGAAUCCAUCCAGUCAGACCCCAGAACACACGAAGCUGAUGCUACCAUGACAACAGAGAAGCAGAGAAAGAAAGGAAACAAAAAAAAACCUGUUGACCAGGAGGAGCUUCCUUCAAAGAAGAAGAAGUCAAAGAAUCAAUAGUUGAUAAAAACCAGUUUACGUCAGACUGAGAAACUGGUUAUUAUCUACAUUUAUGUGGAGCUCCAGUUCAGUUCCUAUAUCUGUAUGAAACCAACUCAGUGAUUCUGGGAGAAUCUUCAGACCCGUUCGAUCAGGAACCCAAACUUCCAGACGGUGUAGGAUUUCUCAUCACUGCCGACAUAGAAAGUAAACCUGAGGAAACUUUUCUCUGCAGAGACAAAAAAAUCAAGGUCUCUCGUGUCUCAUAUAGCAUCUAACAUGAGGUUCUAGAGAACCAGUCGCCUGGGCUGCUAAAAUGUUCUGAGGUUUUUAAUGAACCACACAGAAGAAUGAAAUCUGAAAUAAAUUGUGAUGAAAAACACGAAA